GAAAAACCAUGGACUUGAGCUCUGAUUGUAGUGGCAGCAGCUUUUCAAUAUAAAGGUGUCAAGUUCAUAUCCUCGUUGAACCACAGGCAGACACAUAUUGGGAACGCGCGUGAGCCUAUUUUCAACAUUGAGCAGAAGAGCCAGCACAAAGCGCAGAAGCCCCCAUACUACUUUGGAUCCAAAAGGACGGUAUGUAUUCAUUUUGGUGAAUGAAAAAGACUGCUGAGCACUAGAGCCAGCACAAAGCGCACGAAAUCCCGUACUAUUUUCGAACUAUUUACUAGUAUUUUGGUGAAUUGAAAGACUGAGCAAAGGAGCAAGCGCAGAACUGUUUAUUUUGGUGAAUUGUUAUGACGUCUCCGACAAAUGUAUCCAAAGUAGCCGGGGCCCGCAACGACUGCGACUAUGAUGGCGACGCCAGUGCCGACGAAAUCCAGAGGCAAUUGGAAGAAUCGACUUCUUCUUCGGUGUUCGACCCCGACUUUUGUUUCCGAUCCACUGCACCCAGGUCGCUCAAGGUGACGUGCUACGGAUCCUCCUCGUCCAAGACCCCGGCGCGGUAUCUGAACGAAGCCAGGCUGCUGGGUUAUAUCCUCGCAAAACGGGGCCACGUCUGCAUCAACGGAGCCGGUUCGUACGGUUGCAUGGCCGCCAUGAACGAUGGUGUCCAUGCCGGAGACGGCCACGUUCGCGGUGUCAUUCACGAAAUGUUUCUGGCAGACAAUGGAUACUUUGAUGUCGACCCAAAAACCAACCAAAGGACUCUUUUGCGGAGGGCCAGCUCCCACAGAGUCUUCGAGAAUGCCGUUGUAUUGAGCCGGCACAAGCAGAAACAGCGACAACAAACCGACGACGGAGCUCGAGAUGAACAGAGCAAUAAGGAGGAGUCGGAAAAAUCUAUUCCGAUUCGAGAAAUUUUAGUUGCAGGUACGUGGAGCAUAUUCUGGGUGCGAAGUGUCAUGAGGGGGCAGAAACUAGUGAAAGACGAAAAGACGCAACACGCAGAUACUCUGCUGUUUUGGUUUUCUUAUCUUGUUGGUCUUUGUUUGAACUUCAUCACUCAACACAAUGCAACAUAACAUGAUACAACACAACACAACACAUCCACCCAAAUCCCACUUAGGAGGCGACGAUCUCCAGGAGCGCAAAAAGUUUUUAGUGACCAACACCGACGCCCUGAUUGUCCUGCCGGGGGGUCCUGGGACCUGGGACGAGCUGUGGGAAAUGGCCUGCGCCCGGCAUCUCGAGCUGAACGCCUUGCCGAUCGUGUGUGUCAACGUCGACGGAUAUUACGAACCCUUUCGGGAAAUGCUGGACCGGGCCUUCGAGGACAAACUCAUUCGGCUGGAGCCGGAAGCUAUCGUACGGUUUGCAGAUUCUGCGGAAGAGGCCGUCCGUUUCGUAGAGGAUCCUGUGUCACACAACAAGGAAGACGACGACAAACUUGCUGCCCGGCGGAAGACGCGAAACAAACGAACGAACAACAACAAAGACGACGACAGUUCCCGGGGGAAUCUACUGCUUUCCUUUUUCGUUGGAAGUCUGUUUGGAAUCGCAGUGGCGCGAUCGGCAGCAUUGCGUAGAGGUUGACUAGAAUGGUAUGAGGAAGAGAUCACAAUCGAUGCCCGCAACGAAGACACACGGCCGUUUUCUUAGACGCCAAAAUUCGACUAUAGAGGGCACACAAGUAGAAGGGGAAAACUGAUACUCAACUAGAUUUUGCAUGUGAUCGUUAGUCUACUAUCUUCAUACGUUGUUCAAACCCCAGGGACGGAAUCGUGGUGUGGAUCAGACAUUGCCGUGUUGUGGUUGUUUUGAUCAACCAGCUCCGUUUAGCAAAUUUGCAAUUAGCGUUUACAUCUAGCACACGAAAAGGCACCUACCGCAGGAUUUUUCUUUCGUUUGUAUUUUCACCUCAUUGAGCGGGCUGGGCAGCUCAAAUGCUUCCAUGAAUUUCACAAAAAUAAUAGUCAACAGGAACCUUUUCUUUUUUCAGGUGUUUUACUUUGAUCCUUAGAAUUGAAUUUAUGCAACAACCCGCAUUCGAUUCGACACCUUGGCGUACCCAUUGCUACCUCCGAGGUAGACUUUUUCCGCAAUGUCGUACGAAGAAAAUGAGACAACCUGGAUGUUAUCGUUUUUGAGGUAGCCAAAACAUGAGGGUAAUUUUUGCCGUAUUUGCGAUCUUCAAUUUCCUUCAAAAGAAAAUGAAUUUUAAGAAACACG